AUGAAGGUUGCUACCCAUCCUGCUAGCUCGCUGCUCGCUACCGCUUCGAGGACCGGUCGAAUGUCGAAAACUGUGCGAUGCUACGCCACGACCUCCACUUCGCCUGCACCGGCACCACUACCACAGUCGGGCAAGAUCUCGACUCCUUCAGAGUAUUGUGAAGACCUGGUCCGGCGUCUGGAUCCAGAUGCGUGGAUGACCGCACACUUCUGGCCUCGACAUGCUGUCAAGAGCAAAUCGCCUGAUGGAAAGGAUACCGAGUUGCGGGACAUGUGGUUGGCAUGGCGGGCUUUCAACCUAGAAUUACAUCAAGUUCAAGUAAACGUAAAACAACCAACGAUCGCGCUCAUGCGGUAUCAGUUCUGGCGGGAUGCUCUGAAAGGCAUCUGGGAGGACAAACCGCCAAACCAUCCGGUGGCUCUCAUGCUGCAUCAAGCCAAGCUAGCGAGGCCAGUUCAGAGGUACUACUUGAAACAGAUGAUUGACGUCCGGGCCAAUUCUCUUUCGGCACCUACAUCUCAUCCCACGCUCCAAGCUCAUCUGGAUCACCACGCUCCGCUUCAAAACGCACUCUUGCUCGGUCCUCUCCCGCUCCUCCUUCCGCCUACCCACCCAUCUACCUCUGCUCAUUCGCACACUUUGACACAUCUCUCUUCCCUCUUAACAACUACCUCGCUUCUCCGAGGACUUCCUCUUCAUGUCUCUAACCGCCGGUUCACAUUACCGAGGGACAUCGCCCUGAAGAACGGGCUGGUAGAAGAACAAGUCUUCCGGGACGGAGGGGAGACGAAAGGGUUGAGGGAUGCGUGUUUCGAGAUUGGGACUAGGGGGAUGGACGAGCUCAUCACUGCUAGGAGCCAUCUGAAGGAAACGGGUGGAAAGGUGGUCCCGGGGGAAGUUAUGCCAUUGUUCCUGAGUGCCGUCCCAGCUGAGCGUUACCUCAAACGCCUCGAAGCUCUGGAUUUCAAUCCGUUCCACCCGGAUCUGCAAAAGGCUGAUUGGAAAUUGGCACCUGGAGUUUGGUGGUCGAACUGGACGGGGAAGCUGUAA